UAAAUCAUAAAUUCAAUUUUAUUAAACACAUUUUAGAUUCAGUUUCACCCUUCACACCCAGACCUGCGUUUCCUCAUUCCAAAUCAGGAGAUCCCUGCUGGCAGCGUGAAGUAGGCCAAACUUCAGAUGUCUGCUCCUUCAGAUACCCAGAAACUAAAUCCACUGCCACCAGUUACCUAACGGUCAAAACAGAGCCAACCUCAGUGUCAUUUGGUCAUUUUAAUAUUGACUCCAUGGGAAGAAGAAAGACUUUGUUUAAAGAAAAACCAGUAGGAGUUCAGAGGCGACACAGCAGCAGGAGAAAGUUCCUCUGAUCGGUCAAAACGUUUUGACCUUCAUACCAAACUCACCUGGUUCCUCCAUCCUCUCUGGAAAACAUGAAGGCCGAAUAAAAGCUGCCGUCUGACAUACCUGAGUCUACAGAGGGUGGAGGUUGGGAUGAGCUUUAAGGGGUACACAAAAAGAUUCUGGCCGCUGACUGGUCCGGCCUGAAACCGACCGAACCUCCCGAUGGGCUGGCCAACCCACCCUGUUCCUGGACCGACUUUUUAAAUGUCCAUUUAGGAUGUUUAGAAAGUUUUUAUCUGCAUCAGCUCCAUUUGUACCAUUAUUGAUCUACAGUCAUAUUAUUCCAAAUGUAUUCGUGUUAGAACGGCUUAGUCAAAGUCCAGAGCCUAAAUCUGUCUGUUAUGUUUAAACUGUAACAUCGCGUUGGGAAAACAGAAGAUCCCCCGUUAGUGGUCAUAAUGUUAUGCCAGGUUGCCGUAAGUAGAGUCAAGUUUCCAGCAUUUCAGCUAAAAUCCCGAGGAAAUCCGUGGGAACGGAUCCAGAAUGUAGGCUGGCUGCCUGAUCCAAAAGUGACCCAGAUACGGAAGGAGGCGCGAAGCGGCGGAGAGGAGGAAGGAGGCGCGCGGAGCGGAGAGAAGAGGAGAGUUAGCAGACAAAAGGAUGAGCUGAGGCGCGUGGGAUGACACCGUGGGUUAGCGGGAGGAGAGAGGGAGCGCAGACACACGGAGGGUGACGUCAAACCCGAGCGGAGCGGAGCGGAGCUGACCAGCCGCCGCUCUCUGCGCCUCUGCACGCGGCCGCCGCGGCUCUGAAACAGCGCGGAGGAGGAACCGCGGAGGUCUGACAGGGGGAGACCGGAGGAAGAGGAGGAGGAGGAAGAUCAGCCUCGGCUCGCGCUGCACGGGGACGCGUUAUUUAUUUACUGGGUUGGAGCGUGGCGGUUCGCCUCGCGCUGCCAGACAGGUGUUACCAGCGCGCGGGAUGGAGCUUUGAUCCACGCAGGAUCCUGAAGGUGGAGGCUCGCGCGCAGCAACAAGUUUGAGGUUCUGAAUUUCCUCUGGAUCCAUAAAUCGGAUUUUGUGGAGUUCUUGUUCUGCUUUUCUUUUUUCCUUUUUUUCCUCCAUGCCUGGUGAUUCUUUUGGGAAUCUUUAAAGGAAAACUGGGAAUUCCUGCAGCGUGUUGAUCCCGUUCUGGUUCCAGUUCGGUUGGACCCGGAUCCUCCGACCCGCUUCCAAACAGAGUCUCUUUCUGUUCCACGGUCCCGGCUCUGCGUGGCGCCGCGACCCCCUGAUGGUGCCCGCGGUCCGGUCACAGUGGCUCGAGCUGCGGUCGCUGCUCGGACGCGCCACGCGGUGAUUUUCCCACGCGGGGAUCAUGAUGGCUGGUCCGGUAGAGGCGGGAUCGGUUCGAAAGGCUCUGUAAGGGAUCCGCUGUCUUGACAAUGACCUCCAGCCGCGCUUUGCCCCGCGCCGUUCCCACCCCAACCCGAAAGAAAAGCACGCGCCCUCGGUUCGAUGCGCACGAGAAGACGUCGUGUCCCCAGAACCGCUGAUCCGACUGAGAGUCCGGAGGAGCAGGAGGAGAGGAGACACUGAGACAGACGAUCGGAGCUGGGCGGCGGCGAUGGAGCUGUCGGAGGUGCGCUGCUCCAGCGCGAGCGAGGAGCUGUACACCAUCAACAAGACGCCGAGCAGCAGCGGCAACAGCAGCGGCGGCGGCGGCAGCGCGCGGCCCAAGCGGCUGCUGUGGCAGAACGCGGUGCGGCACAUCACCGAGCAGCGCUUCAUCCACGAGCAGGGCGGCGGCGGCGGCGGCGGGGGGGCGAAAGACGACCCCUUCGACCCGAUCCAGGGCGCGCGGAAGCAGUCCGCGGGCCGGACCUCGGUGGGGGACCGGCACAACAACGGCGGGACCAAAGUGUUCCCCGAGCGCGCGAGCAGCGACCUGGGCUUCCUGCAGAUCGACUGCGCGCCCAGCAACUCGGACUUCUUCCUGAACUGGGGCUACACGUACCGGGGCGUGAUUUUCCCCACGCUGCGGAACGCCUUCAAGUCGCGCGACCUGGAGCGGCUCUACCAGCGCUACUUCCUGGGCCAGCGGCGGAAGUCCGUGGUGGUGAUGAACAUCCUGGACGUGGUGACCAAGCUCACCCUGCUGGUGCUGCACCUCACCCUGGCCUCCACCCCCAUGGACCCCAUCAAGGGCACGCUGCUGGGCUUCUUCACCGGCAUAGAGGUGGUCAUUUGUGCCUUAGUGGUGGUGCGGAAGGACACCACCUCGCACAGCUACCUGCAGUACAGCGGCGUGGUCACCUGGGUGGCCAUGGCCACGCAGAUCCUGGCGGCCGGCCUGGGCUACGGGCUGCUGGGGGACGGCGUGGGCUACGUCCUGUUCACGCUGUUCGCCACCUACAGUAUGCUGCCGCUGCCGCUCACCUGGGCCAUCCUGGCCGGCCUCUUCACCUCCGGGCUGCACAUCCUGGUCCAGCUGCUCAUCUCGGAGAGCGCGCGCUUCUUCACCAACCAGGUGGCGGCGCAGGCCGUGCUCUUCAUGUGCAUGAACACCGCUGGGAUCUUCAUCAGCUACCUGUCCGACCGGGCCCAGCGCCAGGCCUUCCUCGAGACGCGGCGCUGCAUCGAAGCUCGUCUCAGACUCGAGACUGAGAACCAGAGACAGGAACGUCUGGUGUUGUCUGUGCUGCCACGUUUUGUAGUUUUGGAAAUGAUCAACGACAUGACAAAUGUAGAGGACGAACACCUGCAGCAUCAGUUCCACAGGAUUUACAUCCACCGCUACGAGAAUGUCAGCAUUCUUUUCGCAGACGUUAAAGGAUUCACGAACCUCUCCACCACGCUGUCCGCCCAGGAGCUGGUACGAAUGUUGAAUGAACUCUUUGCACGUUUCGACCGUCUGGCUCACGAGCAUCACUGUCUGCGAAUCAAGAUCCUGGGAGACUGUUACUACUGCGUGUCUGGUCUACCUGAGCCCAGACCGGACCACGCCCACUGCUGCGUGGAGAUGGGACUGAGCAUGCUCAAAACCAUCAGAUACGUCCGAUCUCGUACGAAACACGACAUCGACAUGCGGAUCGGGAUCCACUCCGGCUCGGUGCUGUGCGGCGUUCUGGGACUCAGGAAGUGGCAGUUUGACGUCUGGUCCUGGGACGUGGACAUCGCCAACAAGCUGGAGUCCGGAGGCAUCCCUGGACGAAUCCACAUCUCCAAAGCCGCUCUGGAUUGUCUGAACGGCGACUACGAGGUGGAGGAGGGUCACGGCAAGGACCGCAACGACUUCCUGCGGCGCCACAACAUCGAGACGUACCUGGUCAAGCAGCCGGAGGAGAGCCUGCUCACGCUGCCGGAGGACAUCAUGAAGGAGGCGGCGAGCUCGGCCGACCGCCGGGCCAGCAGCGCCACCUUCAACGAGGCGUCCUGGAGCCCCGAGCUGCCCUUCGACAACAUCGUGGGAAACCAAAACACUCUGGCUGCCCUAACGAGAAAUUCGAUAAAUCUGCUUCCAAACCAUCUUGCACAAGCUUUGCAUGUCCACUCUGGUCCUGAGGAAAUUAACAAGCGAAUAGAGAGUGCCAUCGACUUACGGAGUGGCGAUAAGUUGAGAAGAGAGCAUAUCAAGCCUUUCUCACUGAUGUUUAAAGACUCCAGCCUGGAAGAGAAGUACUCACAGAUGAGGGACGAGGUUUUCAAGUCCAACCUGGUCUGCGCCUUCAUCGUGCUCAUCUUCAUCACAGCUAUUCAAAGCCUGCUUCCCUCUGCCAGAAUGGUGACGAUGGUGAUCCAGUUCUCGGUCCUCAUCGUUCUCCACUCCUGCCUGGUUCUGGUCACGACGGCGGAGGACUACAAGUGUCUGCCUCUGGUUCUGAGGAAAGCUUGCUGCUGGAUCAACGAGACGUACGCAGCGCGAAACGUCAUCAUCUUCGUCUCCAUCCUCAUCAACUUCCUCGCUGCAAUGAUCAACAUUCUGUGGUGCGACUUCGACAAGUCCAACACCUUCAGGAACCAGACGUACAACGAGUCUGUCUCCAUCCCGGACAUCUGCUUCUACCCAGAGUACUUCGUGUUCACGGGCGUCCUGGCCAUGGUCACCUGCGCCGUGUUCCUGCGGCUCAACUCGGUGCUGAAGCUGGCCGUGCUGCUGCUGAUGAUCGCCAUCUACUCCCUGCUGACCGAAGCCUUCUACACCUCGCUGUUUGUGCGCUACGACACCGUGCACCACAACACGGAAAACUUCCUGGGAACCAAAGAGACGUCUCUGCUGCUGAUGGCCAUGUUCCUCCUCGCCGUGUUUUACCACGGUCAGCAGCUGGAGUACACGGCCCGGCUGGACUUCCUGUGGCGCGUUCAGGCCAAGGAGGAGAUCAACGAGAUGAAGGAGCUGCGGGAACACAACGAGAACAUGCUGAGGAACAUCCUGCCCAGCCACGUGGCCCGCCACUUCCUGGAGAAGGACCGCGACAACGAGGAGCUGUACUCCCAGUCCUACGACUCGGUGGGCGUGAUGUUCGCCUCCAUCCCCGGCUUCGCCGACUUUUACUCCCAGACUGAGAUGAACAACCAGGGAGUCGAGUGUCUGCGGCUGCUCAACGAAAUCAUCGCCGACUUUGACGAGCUGCUCGGUGAAGACCGUUUCCAGGACAUCGAGAAGAUCAAGACGAUCGGCAGCACCUACAUGGCCGUCUCUGGUCUGUCGCCUGAAAAACAGCAAUGUGAAGAUAAAUGGGGUCACCUGUGUGCGCUGGCCGACUUCGCCAUCGCCCUGAACGAGAGCAUCCAGGAGAUCAACAAGCAUUCCUUCAACAACUUCGAGCUGAGGAUCGGAAUGGCCCACGGCUCGGUGGUGGCGGGCGUGAUCGGCGCCAAGAAACCGCAGUACGACAUCUGGGGGAAGACGGUGAACCUGGCCAGCCGGAUGGACAGCACCGGCGUGAGCGGCAAGAUCCAGGUUCCCGAGGAAACCUUCCUCAUCCUGAAGGAGCGAGGCUUCGCCUUCGAGUACCGCGGCGAGAUCUACGUUAAGGGCAUCAGCGAGCAGGAGGGCAAAAUCCGAACUCACUUCCUGCUGGGCCGGGUGCAGCCCAACCCGCUCAUCCUGCAGCCGCGCAAAAUCACGGGCCAGUACUCUCUGGCGGCCGUGGUGCUGGGCCUGGUGCAGUCGCUCAACCGGCAGAAGCAGAAGCAGAUUCUCAACGAGAACAACAACUCGGGCAUCAUGAAAGGCCACCACCACUACAAUCGCAGGACGUUGUUGGCGCCCGGUGGGGCCGAGGUGGGCGGCGGCCAUCAUGCCGAAGCUCCGGAUAAGACGGAUCUGUCCUGAGGCGCCCGCAGAGUUUUGGCUCCACGCUGAUUCCGUACAGGCAGAACUUCUCCGAAGGCACAGAUCCCGUCUGUGGUGGAGUUAAACCUUGGUGGGUGAAGCGUCCGAUCAUCGGUCUUCAACUCGGACCGAUGUUUGGAAACAGUAAAGCGCUAAUUGUACGUUAAACUUUGGCUGAUUUAGGGCUUUUCAGAGUCAUGAGGAGAAAAGAAAGUUUCCAUCAGAGUCGAAUGAACAUGAUCAGGUAAUCUGAUCAUUUCCUUUCAUUUAAUGAUCACCAUGAGCAGAAAUGCAUCUAGAAAACAGCAACUCUGGCAGUUGGUUGAUUCUGUGAGUUGAUGUUAUGCUGGGUUGUUGAUGCCCGUCAGUCUGGGAAGUUAUGAUGUCUGAACUCUGAGUCUGUUGUUCUUCAGAGGCAGAACCGUUAGAGGGUAAAGCAGCAACUGGUCAAUUCCUGGUUCACACAUCCAGAUUUUAACAUUUUCAAAACCCGACAGACAAAACAUGACAGUAAAAUAUCUACUGUAUUACAGGUUUGGUCGUACAGUUCAUCCAGCAACAGACAACAUUCAGAUGGGAAAUUUCUGGAAACCUCUCCGUAUCCAACGUGAGUUCAGAGUAAACAAACAUGGCCGACUAGGAAGAAGCAACGGCGACAGAUUAUGGAUUAUAUUUAGCAGAGAAUAAAACCUCUCUGACGUCCGCCGGACCUUCUGGUGCAUCAUGGCAGAUAUUUUAUCUUCGGUGUUUCCGUCGCCUCGCUCUCUGAUUGGCUGGCCGCCACAUUCAGCAGGCUGUGAACUCGUUUGACCUCUGGGAACGCCACGCGCUGCGAUAUCGGGCCCUGACGAUCCAACAUGUUGAAUAUCAACGAUUUUAGAUCAGAGCGGACCGGAUCAGUCUGAACACACGGCAGGAUUAUCGCUUAAUUAUGAUAAACAUUCGGUGAACUAAGUUUGAGAAAGGUUUAAAAAUAUUUAGUCUUUUGUCCUAAAGUGGCAACAUUUGGUAAAACUCAUACCAACCGUCCAGCAGGUGGAGCUGGUGGAGGACUGCUGGUGGCCUGGUCAGCCAUUAAAUGAACUUUGACCUCCUCUACGUACCAAUGUAACAGGAGAAUUAAAGGUGAGGUCGGUUUGACCCAAACUGGGUCAUCAGCAGGGAAAUGAGCCGACUGUUCACAGCAAGUUCACUAAAAAAGAAACUUAUCAAUCUGCCGUAACGGCCUAGUCAAAGUCCAGGACCUCACAAAGCAAAUGUGUGCAUGAGCUGCAGCUGCUGCAGUCAGACAGUUAAAGUCCUCUGAAGGUUGUUGCUGCUGAAGUCGGUUCUGUAACUUGUUCUUUUUUACAACAAACUGUUGGAGAUUUUCUUUCUCCUCACGACUUUAUUUCAUGUUUUCAGUUGAAAAUGAAUGUAAAUCAUGUUUAGUUUUAUUAAAGUAUUUCUGAUGCAAACGGCGGUUUGGACAUCCAGGAGAAGAGACUUUUAUUUUGAAGUUUUUAUCAUGAAUGUCUAAAACUGAACGUUCCUCCGCUGUGUUCACGUUCUCUACAAGCUCCGCCCACUUCGGUUUAAUCCAGCCAAUGAGGUUUGAUCUUCGUCCUGAGCAGCUCUGCUUUCUGUGAAUGUUUGUAGAACUGAAACUCAACGGAUGUGUUACUGGGAGGACUGGGAGGACUGGACGUGGCGCCCCGCCUCCGUCCUCCAGGCUGAUUAUCCGGGACUCUCCCCAACGUUCCUGCUGUCCUUCCCAUUUUUAUCUCACCUGCGUCGGACCCGUUCACACCUGACCCCUGCCCUUUGACCUUUGCCCGGUGUGUCGAUGUUUCUUUUUUGUAUUUCUUUUAUAUAAGGAACACAAUAAAAAGGGGUCUAAUUUUUUAUAGAA